AUGGCGAAUGAUGAAUAUGAUUUCCUUUUCAAGGUGGUUCUGAUCGGAGAUUCGGGGGUUGGAAAAUCCAAUCUAUUGAGUCGUUUCACCCGCAACGAGUUCAACCUAGACUCCAAGUCCACUAUCGGUGUUGAGUUCGCAACCCGGUCGAUCCAGGUAGAUGCGAAGACAAUCAAAGCACAGAUCUGGGACACAGCUGGGCAGGAGAGAUACCGUGCCAUCACAUCUGCGUACUACCGAGGCGCCGUUGGAGCUCUGCUCGUCUACGACAUUAGCAAGCACCAGACGUACGAGAAUGUAACAAGAUGGCUCAAGGAGUUGAGGGACCACGCAGACUCCAACAUUGUUAUUAUGCUGGUAGGAAACAAGAGCGAUUUGAGACAUCUACGGGCUGUGCCUACAGAGGAAGCUAAGCAGUUUGCGAGCGAAAACAAUCUUUCAUUCAUUGAAACUUCAGCACUUGAUGCCAGUAACGUCGAGCUUGCUUUCCAGAACAUCCUUACAGAAAUCUAUAGAAUCGUCUCAGCAAAGACUCUUGAUAAUGGGGGCGACGCCGCACAAGCAAACCUAGGCGCCGGAACGAACAUCUCACUCAGCAAACCCGCGGACGAAGGCGCAGCGAAAGGUGGCAAAUGCUGCUAG